CCAUUUUCAUUUCAUCCGCAAUUUGGCAUCCCAUUUUUUUUGUUCGCUUGGUUUUUCGUGUCCGUUUUUGUUUUUGUUUCCAUUUUGAACCAACACUCAGGCCCUCAAGGCGGGCAGCUCAUCCGAACCUCAAAGGAAAACGAAUAUUCUAGGGUUUCACAAAGGAAAUAGAAGAUGGCGGACGCCGAGGACAUUCAGCCUCUUGUCUGUGAUAAUGGGACAGGAAUGGUGAAGGCUGGAUUUGCUGGAGAUGAUGCUCCAAGAGCUGUUUUUCCUAGCAUUGUUGGCCGCCCGCGUCACACUGGUGUUAUGGUUGGCAUGGGCCAGAAAGAUGCGUAUGUUGGGGAUGAGGCUCAGUCCAAGCGUGGUAUCUUAACUCUGAAAUACCCCAUUGAGCAUGGAAUUGUGAGUAACUGGGAUGACAUGGAGAAGAUUUGGCAUCAUACCUUCUACAAUGAACUUCGUGUUGCUCCUGAAGAGCACCCAAUUCUCCUCACUGAAGCACCUCUCAACCCUAAGGCAAACCGUGAGAAAAUGACCCAGAUCAUGUUUGAGACCUUCAAUGCUCCAGCUAUGUAUGUAGCCAUCCAGGCUGUUCUUUCUCUCUAUGCCAGCGGUCGUACUACUGGUAUUGUUCUUGACUCUGGAGAUGGUGUCAGCCACACAGUCCCCAUUUAUGAGGGGUAUGCUCUUCCACACGCCAUCUUGCGGCUUGACCUUGCAGGUCGUGACCUGACUGAUGCCCUGAUGAAAAUCUUGACCGAGCGUGGCUAUUCAUUCACCACCACAGCCGAACGGGAAAUUGUGAGGGACAUGAAGGAAAAGUUGUCUUACAUUGCUCUUGACUAUGAACAAGAAUUGGAAACUGCUAAAACCAGCUCUUCUGUUGAGAAGAGCUAUGAGCUACCUGAUGGUCAGGUGAUCACCAUCGGGGCUGAGCGUUUCCGAUGCCCAGAGGUCCUCUUCCAGCCAUCCAUGAUUGGAAUGGAGGCUGCUGGUAUUCACGAGACCACGUACAAUUCCAUAAUGAAAUGCGAUGUUGAUAUUAGGAAGGAUUUGUACGGGAACAUCGUUCUUAGUGGUGGUUCCACCAUGUUCCCUGGAAUUGCUGAUAGAAUGAGCAAGGAAAUUACUGCAUUAGCACCCAGCAGCAUGAAGAUCAAGGUUGUUGCCCCACCAGAAAGAAAGUACAGCGUCUGGAUUGGAGGCUCCAUCCUAGCUUCCCUCAGUACCUUCCAGCAGAUGUGGAUUGCCAAAGCCGAGUAUGAUGAAUCUGGCCCGUCAAUUGUGCACAGGAAAUGCUUCUGAUUACAAUCAAGGAUAGGCAGACUCAAGUAUCACUAUUUGGAAAGAAAAUGCUACUUGCAUUGUUGUUAUCUGGUUUUGUUGUCCAAUUUUUAUUUGCUUUCUAUUAUUUUACUGGCCGGAACUAUAACGUUGUAGGUUUAUCGCUGGAUAAUUUGUAAUUCUUCCUAAGAUGUUUUUUAUAUUCUCAGUGGUCAUUGACUAAUCCCUCUGCAAGCCUCGUGGUAGCAUGUUUAAUCUGUUCCGUGAAACUUUUUGUUCUGUAAUUUUCUUUUUCGGUUACUUAUAUGCUUUGGCAUUUGAAUCAAUGGGUGGCUUCUUUGA